CGGCUGGAAAUGGUGUGCUCGCCGUUGGUUUUCCGCAGCUUUUCCAGCAAGGAGUGAAUUUCGGGAGUUAUUCUAGAGAGAGCCGCAUGAUUUCCUCCUUCGUAACGAAAUAGCGGGCGUGGGAAGGCCGGAGGGGACCCGGGAAAAGCGGAGGAGCGGCCGAGUGCUUCCCGGCCCAGGAACUGUCCUGCUUGGCUGCGUGCGUUUCCCGCCGGGCCCGUAAUGCCGCGGACCGCCCCGGACUCCGGAGACUGGAGGACGGCCCUGCGAGUCGGGUAGCAUGUCGAGUUUCUCUAGGGCGCCCCAGCAAUGGGCCACUUUUGCUCGAGUUUGGUAUCUCUUAGAUGGGAAAAUGCAGCCCCCUGGCAAACUUGCUGCUGUGGCAUCAAUUAAACUUCAAGGAUUGCAUAAACCUGUGUAUCAUCAACUGAGUGACUGUGGUGAUCAUGUUGUCAUAAUGAACACAAGGCACAUAGCAUUUUCUGGAAACAAAUGGGAACAAAAAGUAUACUCCUCACAUACUGGCUACCCAGGUGGAUUCACACAAGUAACAGCUGCACAACUUCACCGAAAGGAUCCAGUGGCAAUUGUAAAACUAGCUAUUUAUGGCAUGCUCCCAAAAAACCUUCACAGGAGGACCAUGAUGGAGAGACUGCAUCUUUUCCCAGAUGAGGAUAUACCAGAAGAUAUUCUUAAGAAUUUAGUGGAAGAGCUUCCACAACCACGAAAAGUACCCAAACGUCUAGAUGAGUACACACAAGAAGAAAUAGAGGCUUUCCCAAGAUUGUGGACUCCACCUGAAGAUUACCGGCUAUAAAGAAAUGAAAAUUGCAGAAAAUCACAACGAGCCAGAUCUCGACACUGCUCCCCUGCCUGUGCCCCCAUCUUUUUUUCUAUGCUGCAGUCGACUGAUUUGUUUUCCUACCUUCUCCUGGAAAACGGGGUUCGUCCCACCCUCAGCCAAGAACAACAUUCAAUGUCCAGGUCUUUCCUGGCUGAAAAUCCCACCAUGGAACAGGUAGCAAGUUCUGAGUGUGCGAAGCCAGAAGCCCCAGGAGGGAUCCUGCUGCCAAUCUCUACAAUGCCCCGUUUGAAUUGGAUAGAACCCUAUUUCAGAAGGUCCGAUCCUUCCAAGACAGACAUUAAGGCUCCAGUUCAACUUAAACACAGACUCUUACAGAGAAAUGGUAAUUCUCUCUCUCUCUCUCUCUGCCCAAAAAUCUAAAGUAAGAGUUGAGUACUUUUGCAGCAUCACUACUGCUCGGGGCUUCGCCUUCAAAGAAUGCAAACCUGAGCUCCGCUACUGGUAAAACAGAGGCAGUCGCUGCCCCUGAGGGCCAGCUUUCAUAAGGUGGGCUGCCAGGAAGCCUGAGGAUCCAUUUUCCACGUGGAGACAGCACACAGCACCUCUGAAGGACACACAUGUCUGUGUCACUUCCAUUUGGUCCAUUAGAAGCUCUUUGAUUUCAAACCAAUCUUCAUUUCAAGGCUGAACUUCGAGCUCAGCCCUCCCUUUCUAAUUCCAACGUUAAUACCUAUGAAAGGCUUGCAAACAGUGGCGGCUAGAAGACCCUGUGUUGCUAGUGGAACACCUGUGCCUUUGUAGGUCGCUGUGGGGCUCCAGCUUGUCCACUUGUAUUAAAUCAUUCAGAAUCGACCCUGAGAUGACAAUGCCACCUGGCAUCUUCGUUAGCCAUCACAGAACUAAAAAGGGCCUUGAGGUUUAGAGAAAAUUCUGAAUAUAAAGCAUCUGCCCUUGACUUUUUUUGGCAGAGUCACAAAGCCCAAAUCAAAUAUUUUUAUAACUUCUUAGAAAAGUGAUUUUAUUGUUAUGCACUGUUACUGCGCACGGUGUGUGUGCAGAGCAGAAAGUCUUGGAGAAAUGUGAAUGUGUAUGUGCUUCAGAAAAUUUGAUCUGGAAGCCUAAACCUUGGAAGCAGUGGUUAGUAGCACCUAGCACAGUGUCUGGCUCUUGUAAACCUCUAAAAGAGUGCCUGGCACAUAGUAGAUUUAUAGUCUAUAAUAACUGUUGUAUGAGUGACAGCAGCUAUAUUUGCUAUGUAAUACUAAUAUAUAUUUCUGGGCUCUUAAUAAAAGUUGAUUUCUUUAUUAUCUAA